CAACAAAUACGAGCUGGACAGCAUUAUAUAUAUGGCUGUCCGGGGUAUAGUCGACUUGCCCAGCACGUCAUUCUUCUCUCCGAAGACACAAUAUCCAGCCUAUGCGAGGAAAGCCUUCUCACCACCCACACCUCCCAUCCUCCGCCAUGUCGACCAACACAACACCAUCCAGCCCUAUCGUCUUCUACGAUAUUGCCACGCGGCCGCCCGUGGAGGAGAGCUGCUGCUCUCCCAACCCGUGGAAAACCCGGCUGGCGCUCAACUUCAAAGGGCUCCCCUACUCGACCACGUGGGUGGCCCUGCCCGACAUCGGCAAGGUCCGCAGCGGGCUCAAGGUGCCGCCCUGCCGCAAGUUCGCCGACGGCACUGACUUCUUCACGCUGCCCAUCAUCGAGGACCCGGUCACGAACUCGUUCAUCGGCGACUCCUUCGACAUCGCCGUCCACCUGCAGAAGACGUACCCGGACGCCGGCGCGGGCGACCUGUUCCCGCCGCAGACGCUCGACUACGUCUUCACGCCCGACGCCGAGAUCAUGGUGCCUUUGUCGGACUGCCGCGGGGCAGAGUUUCCCGAGUACGCGCGGUUCAACGUCAAUGUCGACGCGGCCUUCACCACGCACGCGCAGCUCACGACGCAGGGGUUCCCGUUCGACCCGGCCAACGCCGACACCGUCAAGGCCGAGUUCGUGCGGCGCGCGGGCGUCGCGGCGAUCUCGCGGUGGGAGGACUUCGACAUCGCCGGCGAGGCGCGGGCGAAGUUGAUGGGCUCGUUCCGGGACACGCUGGGGGCGCUGGGGAAGCUGUUCGAGCGGGACGCCAGCGGGCCGUUCCUGCUCGGGGCCAGGGCGAGCUACGCCGACCUGAUCGUGGGCGGGUGGCUGCGGAUGUUCCGGGUGACCCUGCCGAAGAGCGAGUGGGAGGAGGUGAGAGGCUGGCACGGGGGCAUUUUUGGGCGGCUGUACGAUGCGACGGAGGCGUAUGCGGAGGUGAAAUAAGGGGGCAUUGAUUCCAGCUUGGGGGGUAGAACGGACGUGCAAGACGAACUUGAACUUGGACAAAAAAAAAAAAAAACCCCAGGGUCCAUCGGUAGGAAAAUGCAUGGCUGUGGCGUUUAUUGCACUUGCUUCUGUGUUGCUAGGUUGUGUUGUAUUGAAUCAAAAUGCUACAUACCACGGCGAAAACCGC